ACAAGAGUCAUUACUAGUGGCUGACUUGUAGCGAACAAUGGAGAACAAUAUCACUUGGAUUGCUAGAAGAGCUUUAACAUCACUCACUAGCACCAAUAGCUCAACUCUUAACCUGCGGAGCUACUGUUCAUCAUCUUUAUCUUCCUCUUCCUCUUCCUCUUUCCCGUCUCCUCCUCCUAGCCCUAAACUUUUUGUUGCAGGUUUGUCAAGUUCAGUGGAUGAGAAGUCCUUGAAAGACGCUUUCUCUUCCUUUGGAGACGUCGAAGAAGUUAAGAUAAUAUAUGACAAAGACACUGGGAGGUCAAGAUGCUUCGGAUUUGUUCAUUUUUCUAAAGAGAAUGAUGCUGAAUCAGCAAAAAGUGCCAUGGAUGGAAAAGCAUUGAUGGGUCGACCAUUAAGGAUAAGGUUUGCUCUACAAAGGGUACGGGGUCAACCCAUUGUUGUCCCACGCCUCACAAACGUUGGAGACUUCACCAGUCGCAAUAAAUGAACAAUUUGAACUCUUUAUGAACAAAUUUAUAUCCUUGUUUAUUCGGUGGUAGAGAAUGAUUAUCUGAGAGCACACGAUGCAGUGUGUAAUAGCAAGGUUUUGGGAUAUGAAUGAGUUUAAUUUCUUUAAGUUUUAUUCAGUAAUUUAAUUCUUUAUGGGAUAUAAA